AUGUUUAUGGCAAGGUCCGAAUAUGGUAUCACCUUCUCCCCGGAAGGCCGUCUCUUCCAGGUCGAAUACUCGCUCGAGGCGAUCAAGCUCGGUUCCACAGCCAUUGGUGUCGCCACCUCGGAAGGCGUGAUCCUGGGCGUUGAGAAGCGCGUCACCUCGACGCUGCUCGAGACCUCGUCGGUGGAGAAGAUUGUCGAGAUUGACCGGCACAUCGGGUGCGCCAUGUCCGGGCUCCAGGCCGACGCCCGCAGCAUGGUCGAGCACGCCCGCGUCGAGUGCCAGAGCCACGCGUUCAACUACAACGAGAACCUCCGCGUCGAGAGCUGCACCCAGGCCAUCUGCGACCUGGCCCUGCGCUUUGGCGAGAGCGCCGACGGCGAGGAGAGCAUCAUGAGCAGGCCGUUCGGCGUCGCCCUGCUCAUCGCCGGCUAUGAUGAGGACGGCCCGUCGCUGUACCACGCCGAGCCCAGCGGCACCUUCUACCGCUAUGAUGCCAAGGCCAUCGGAUCCGGAAGCGAAGGCGCCCAGGCAGAGUUGCAGAACGAGUACCACAAGUCUCUCACAAUCGAGGAUGCCGAGACGCUAGUUCUGAAGACGCUGAAGCAGGUCAUGGAGGAGAAGCUGGACUCAAAGAACGUGCAGCUCGCAAGCGUCACAAAGGAGAAGGGUUUCAGAAUAUACACGGACGAGGAAAUGGCCGCCGUGGUGGAGAGGCUGCCAGCAAACUAG